UGACUGCAGCCACACAAAUAGAAAGACAGCCAAUCCUAGUCACAGCUACUGCUGCUCAUACUCUAACACAAACACACACUGCCUGCCUGCUGGGGCUAACUGCCAUAAAGAUGGGCCUGGGUCGACAUAAACUCAUUGUAUUGGUCUUGGGUCUGUCCAUUACAGUCCUGCUCUAUCUCCUUCUCCCAUCUGGGCAGCCUGAGGAAGGGGACCGCAAGGCGGAGGUCCCCCGGUCAGACCCUCAAAGCAACACGAACAUCACAGUGCGCACUGCUACCUUGACAGGGGACUGGCCCACGUUUUACAGAGAGGCAAUACCCCGCAAUGCACUGGAAGGGGCAGAGAGGUUUUCAGUGCUGCUGUUACAUGGGCAAGUUUUCUCAUCAAAGACAUGGGAAGAUCUGGGAACUCUAAACAUCCUGGCAGAGCAUGGGUACCGAGUAGUGGCUAUUGAUUUACCAGGUUAUGGAGAGUCUUUACGUGCCCAGCCAAUGUCCACUGAGAAGGGUCGAACAGAUUACCUUUUACAGGUCAUGGAAUCUUUGGGAACUCGGCAACCAGUCCUUAUCAGCCCGUCGAUGAGUGGUCUAUUCUCUUUACCCCUCAUCUUGCAGCACCCUGAUCGUCUAAGAGGCUUUGUUCCUAUUGCUCCUGUAGGAACCAAGAGCUUCAAACCUGAGCAGUACAAGCAGAUACAGGUGCCCUCCCUCAUUGUGUACGGUACUCUGGAUACCAACCUGGGCAGCCAGUCCUUGGAGAGCCUACAGCUGUUGCCGAAUCAUACCUUGAGCCCACUGGAAGGGGCAGGUCAUGCCUGUUACUUGGACCGUCCGGAAGAGUUUCAUGCAGCUUUAUUGAUGUUCCUGAGCAAGCUUUCAUAACGAACACGUUUUCAAUUGUUGCAGCAAGACUUGGAGGGAAAUCAGCCACAAGAAGGUCUAUCCAGUGGCAUCAUGGUGGAAUAAUGGAUAUCUGUGCAACUUGUAGAAUUUGAGCCUCAUGUGACCAAAAGAAAGAUGGCUUCUCACAUAGUUCUGCAUCAAAUGAUGCCUGAGACUCUACCUUUUACCUGUUAUAUAGGGAGCUAUGGUCUAUUAAAUUAUUGCAUGACAGGGUUUCAUUGUACAUUUUGGGACAAUGUCGGAGUAUAUGAGAUAACAUUGGGACAGGGGAUCAAAAAGAGACUUUUUAAAGGUGAUGAAAAAGCUUAAAAUAAAACUAUGGUAGUAAACACACUCUCUGUUUCAGUGGUUUGUAAAUAUACAUAAUGGAGAAUAUGGGCUUAUGGGAGUCUGAAGUUCCGAUCCAUCAUGCUUUGCUGGACACAUAUCGCUUAUUAAUGCAGGACGUAAAAAGUGUUGUUCUGCAAUAUGUAAGAUUUCUACACAGCAGGAGGAAAAUUAAUCAACCAAGAAAUUACACCAAAUUGGUUUUCUUAUGGCACUAUAUUCAUGUCCUGCUUAACCGAACAAGUUUUAAAAAAAAAAAAAUGUUUCCAGGAAAACAUGGCGGAUCUGGUAACGCUACUUAUGGUUGUAUGUUGUACUUUUACAUGGGUGGUGAAUUCAGAGGAAAACUAAAGAUUGUAUUGAAAAAUGUGCCGUAUUCUUACAUUCUUUAUUUUUCCAACUAGGCUAGUCAUGUAGGCUCUUUCUCAUGAGAAAAUCCAGAUAAAACCAGGUUCUGUUGAUUUACUUGCAAAGAUAGCCAGACCAGCAGUGCUCUAUUGAUUGUUCAGGACUUGCAGUGCAAUGCUUUCUGUUAUCCUUUUACUAGAUCGAUUUGUGGAAUAUGUUUGUGAGAUAUAGAUAUAUAUAUAUCUAUUUGUGUAAUUUUUUGCUAGACACCCAGUCCUUUUACAUGCAGUCACACAUCACAUAUAACUAUGGGUUUAGGAGGUGGGGAUGGGCUAUAUGUCCCCCAUAGAUAAUCUUGUGGGGUAGUAGAGGGGAGAUGGAUCAGUUUUCCCCCAGAAAUAUUCUGGUUAAGAGUCCUUUUCUGGGGUAUAAUUUUGGCCGUGCAUAUAACAUUCACUUUGAAUUCCCAACAGUACUCACUCAUGUUUAUGUACUGGCUAAGCUUUCACCCCAAUUUACAUUCACCAGUAAAGUCACACUGAUUGUAAAGUAAAGGCUUCCAUCAAACUUGCAUGCCAAUAAUUAUGCUUUUUUUUUUUUUUUAACUGGGGGGUAUAUCUAAAAACAGCUUCCACUGCAGAUCCCUUGUCUGCAGCCUUUGCAAACCCUCCUCUUCUAACCCUGCCCAGACUUUCUGUAGCUGUCCAAUCACAGACUUCCUCAUACAGCUCACUGAAAGGUUUUUGCAAGACUCUGGGUAAUUGCUGCCUCUUGAGUUCAGCUAUAUUGAGGUAACCAAACAAGGAAGCAACAGAACCUGUUAUCCGCUUGAAAAGCCAAGGGGUUGUAACCAGUACAAGUUAUAAAAAUGUAAAUUCUUUACUUUUU